CAACAUGGCGCGCGCAGCGUCCCUAUGGCAACGGGUUGUCUUUCCGCGCAACUUUAUUGAGGUCACUGACGCAUAGACAGAGGCUGCAGCCCGAGGCAACGGUGCACCAUGGGAGUUGUAUCCCGGGGUGACGCUUCAUAUGCUCGAGGACCCCCCAUGCAUCGAAUGCCCUAUGUCACCUCUCCGUACGAUCGGCCAGCUUGGAAUCCACGAUACUGUGUCAUCUCUGGAAACCAGCUUCUUAUGCUUGAUGAGGAGGAGAUCCUUGCCUACUACUCUUCUGUAGACAUGGAGGUCCAUCCGCUGUUAGUCCGCGAAAGAAGAAGCGACUCAUCCAAGACCAAAUUCCUAAGGCGCACGGUCAGCGUCCCCGUGGAGGGGAAGCAUCCCGACGAACACGAUUAUCACCAAGCCCGUUCCCGGAGGAAAAGCGUCCCAGGAGGGAAACAGCACAGUAUGGACGCCCCUCCCGCCGCCCCCUUCCGACCGUCGCAGGGUUUCCUGAGUCGUCGCUUGAAGAGCUCCAUAAAGAGGACAAAGAGUCAACCCAAGCUAGAUCGGACCAGCAGCUUUCGACAGAUCCUCCCACGGUUCCGGAGUGCUGACCAUGACAGGGCUCGCCUUAUGCAGGCAUUCAAGGAAUCGCACUCCCAUGAGUCUUUGCUGAGUCCGAGCAGCGCUGCGGAGGCCUUGGAUCUGAAUCUGGAUGAAGAUUCGGUGGUGAAACCCGUGCACAGCAGUAUCUUGGGACAGGAGUUUUGUUUUGAGGUGACAACAGCAUCGGGUACCAAAUGCUUUGCCUGUCGUUCGGCCGCUGAGAGGGACAAAUGGAUAGAGAACCUGCAGAGAGCCGUCAAGCCCAACAAGGAUAACAGCCGUCGAGUAGAUAAUGUCCUCAAGUUGUGGAUUAUUGAAGCUCGUGACCUCCCCCCUAAGAAGCGCUACUACUGCGAGCUGUGCCUGGAUGACAUCUUGUACGCCCGUACCACCAGCAAAGCCCGGAGUGAAACCGUUUUCUGGGGGGAGCACUUUGAGUUCAAUAACCUGCCAGCGGUGCGGAACCUGCGUCUCCACCUGUACAAGGACACAGACAAAAAGAGGCGCAAGGAGAAGAGCAACUACGUGGGUAUGGUGAACGUGCCCAUCGCCAGCAUCAGCGGGCGCCACUUUGUGGAGCAGUGGUACCCCGUGUCCCAGCCCACCUCCUACAAGGGGAAGAGCAGCUGUCCCUCAAUCCGCCUAAAAUCCCGAUACCAAACCAUGAGCAUCCUUCCCAUGGAGCUGUACAAGGAGUUUGCCGAGUACGUCACCAACAACUACCGGAUGCUGUGCGCCGUGCUCGAGCCAGUGCUGAGCGUGAAGAGCAAAGAGGAGGUGGCCUGUGCGCUGGUGCAUAUACUGCAGAGCACAGGGAAGGCCAAGGACUUCCUCUCGGAUAUGGCUAUGACAGAGGUUGAUCGCUUCCUUGAUAGAGAGCACCUUAUUCUCCGUGAGAACACACUUGCAACUAAAGCCAUAGAGGAGUAUCUGAAACUGAUAGGACAGAGAUACCUCAAGGAAGCCAUUGGUGAGUUUAUUCGGGCUCUGUACGAGUCAGAGGAGGACUGCGAGGUUGACCCAAUGCGUUGUCCGCCUUCUGCGCUGCCCGAUCACCAGGCCAAUCUCAGGAUGUGCUGCGAACUUGCGCUUUGCAAAGUCUUCAACUCCCAUUGUGUAUUCCCCCGGGAGCUGAAGGAGGUCUUUGCAUCAUGGAGGAUGCGCUGUGCAGAGCGCGGCCGUGAAGACAUAGCAGAUCGACUCAUCAGUGCCUCUCUCUUCCUCCGCUUCCUGUGUCCGGGCAUCAUGUCCCCCAGCCUCUUCGGCCUGAUGCAGGAGUAUCCUGAUGAGCAAACCUCCAGGACCCUCACACUCAUCGCUAAGGUCAUCCAGAACCUGGCCAACUUCAACUUCAAGUUCAGCAGUAAGGAAGAGCACAUGUCCUUCAUGAACGAGUUCCUGGAGACGGAGUUGGCCAAUAUGCAGAAUUUUCUGUACGAGAUCUCCAACAUGGACGCGCUUACCAACAGCAGCAACUUCGAGGGCUACAUCGACUUGGGGCGAGAGCUGAGUACUCUGCAUGCCCUGCUUUGGGAGGUCAUCCCCCAGCUCAGUAAGGAUGCUCUUAUAAAGCUGGGGCCCCUCCCGCGCCUUCUCAACGACAUCAGCCUAGCGCUCAGGAACCCCCACAUCCAGCGACAACCAAGUCAUCAAGAACGGCUACCACCUCCCAAACCCGUCGUAUUAAGGGGACCGUCUGCGGAGCUUCAGGGCUACAUGGCACGGGACCUCAACAGCUCCAUUGACAUGAACCGUCUACCUUCACCCACUAAGGACAAGUCCUCAAAAGAUAUGUUCUUUGUGUCACGCCGCCCCCUCACCCGCUCAUCGCCCGCCUAUUGCACCAGCAGCUCAGACAUCACAGAACCCGACCAGAAGAUGCUGAGUGUGAACAAAAGCGUGUCCAUGUUAGACUUGCAGGACAGUCGCAUGAACAGCGUGUCCAACCUGCAGGCCGUAGGGGACAUGCUUAACUCCAGCCAGGCCUCCAUAUCCGCGGGGCUCCGCCCGGGGGGCCGGCUCUCCCAGGGCAGCGGGUCUAGCAUUGCGGCUGGUCUGCGUCUCAGUCAAAUGGGGGUCACCACCGACGGGCUCUCGGCUCAGCAGCUUCGCAUCCCCUUGUCCUUCCAGAACCCGCUCUUCCACAUGGCCCCCGACGGCCCCGGCGGACCACCCCCUCACCCAGCUCCUCAUCGGCCGGACCCUGGAGCUGACGCCUUCGCCCCAUUCCACGGCUACAGCAAGAGCGAGGACCUGACCGCCGGCAAGCACCUGCUGCACAGCCACAGCUACAGCGACGAUUUCAGCCGGCAGGGGUCAGAGUUCAGCAAGAGGCAGCUUUCCCUCCAAGACAAUCUGCAGCACAUGCUGUCCCCCCCUCAAAUUACCAUCGCCCCCAGCGUACAGCGAAGGCCGGACACGCAGCCCCCUCCCCUCCACAGGGGCAAAUCCCAACAGCUGACGGUGCAGGCCGCCCACAAACCCCGGCCAAGCAGCGGUAACCUCCUGCAGAGCCCAGAACCAAUGUAUGGAGCUGCCAGACUGAGACAGCAGUCAGUGGAGAAAGACGCUGGAGGGCUUAAACCCAGUAUAACCAAGCAGCACUCACACACGCAGGCCACGCUGAACCCAGUCACUCCUGCCUCGGAACGCACAGUUGCCUGGGUGUCUAAUAUGCCUCAUCUCUCCGCCGACAUUGAAAGCGCUCACAUAGAAAGAGAGGAGUACAAACUAAAAGAGUACUCAAAGUCCAUGGAUGAGAGUCGCCUUGAGAGGGUAAAGGAGUAUGAGGAGGAGAUCUAUACUCUGAAGGAAAGGCUCCUGAUGUCCAACAAGAAGCUGGAGGAGUACGAGCGUCGCCUUUUCUCCCAGGAAGAACAAACUAGUAAAAUGCUGCAUCAGUAUCAGUCUCGGCUAGAGCAGAGUGAGAAGCGGCUCCGGCUGCAGCAGGCAGAGAAGGAUUCGCAGAUCAAGAGCAUCUUAAACAGGUUAGAAAUGGUUGAUGCUGGUGGAGGAGGAGAUCAGGAAGGAUCACACGCACGAACCAAUCGAUAUGAAGAGGAGACUUAUCGAGGCUCAGAGAAGAAGUUUCCCUCCGUGGGUUCAGCAGACCUGCGUCUGAGGCUGGCGACACCAUGGAAUGGGGCCCUUCCACCUCUGCCUCCUCGACUCCAAAUCACAGAAAAUGGAGACUUUCUAAACUCAAGUGACCACCACUAACCGGAGCUGAGGGGUCCAUUCAGGAGCCUGGGGGGGAGGAAGGGGAACUGGAAUUCCCCCACUGAGGCAUCUGUCCAUGGGCCCGUAGGAAAGGGGGCUGGGAACCCCCUUUCCUCCAUGACUCUGACAUCGUCCCUCUGCGCCGUCUAGACCUGCGGCCGACAAUCUGUGUGACCCCGGACACACUUGGGAAGUGGAGAGGAGAGAGAAGGGGACAUCGCACUGAACUUAGCCUAAGACCCCCCUUGACCAUAUAAACUCGUUUCCUAAGCCUUUGUUCUGUUUGGACUCCUAAAAUCUAUAAAUUCCUCUGUUUUGUUCUAAAAAAAAUUUCAGUUGGCCCUCUUAAGUCUCCCGAUCUCCCCCCUCCUCGCUCUCUGUCUCAGGUCUGACCGCCCUGGGAUUUCGCACUGACAGAUCUGCACUGUAGGGGGUACCUUGCCAAAUCCAUAGUCUCAUCCUUUCCACCCUCUACCCUCAUUUUAUCUCCAGUUUCAUAACACCGUUCUUUAUGAUUUGACUGCCAUUCACCAUAACUUCAUCAUUCAUGAGCUACCUUUUCUGUGUGAUAAUGGUCAAAAAGGUCAUGUGAUUGAUUGAGUUGGCUCCUGUUGACUCUGGUCAUAGCGGGAAUAGCGCAAAAGAAAGGAGGUUUACGUUAGAAUAUGAUUCAAUGUGGAAUGAGCGAAGAGAACAUUGUAAAAAGUCACUGCUAUGUUAAGCAGAGGGGAAACGUCAAAAUUGGUCCCUACCAAUGGUAGGAAAGAGAUUGGAUCGAGAGGUCAUUAAAGUGUACCUGUGGCAAUUCAGUUGGCUGGACAAUAAUUUAGAACUGGAAGCCCACCAAUUCACCAGGAACCUAGCAUGCAAGCAGAAAAUGGUCUCAGUGCACAAUAUAGCUAUCUUGCUUGUGUCUUGAUGCCAGGUACACUUUAAGGACCUAAGACAGAAAAAUAAAAAAGGAAGGCCAUCAAAAGAAAGGAAAACUCUUUUAGAGGGUUAUCUCACAUAUCCUGUUAUACCUCCUUUACACGAGCAGCUCUUCUGGGAGACUUGAGAUCAUUGGAUUCUUAUCAAUAUUAUUAUUAUUAUCGAAAAUUUUAUUUAUUUCUUGAAAUCUGUCAGUCCGAGUGGAGCCGAACGAGUGAUAGGAGUCUCCCGCCCAAAGAACUUACAAUCUAACUCCACUUCCUGUGACACGGGGAGUUUAUACAUAACUUGGCCUCAAAGGUCACGUGGGACUUGUGUUUUGGAUGGGGGGAGGGAGGUGGACGAAAGGGAACUCGUUCCGACCCAUAAUCGGAGGUUGGUGCCAUAAAAAAACU